ACCGCCCCCCCCCCCGCUAAGCUGGACAAUGAGUCCUCUUAUGCUAAUGAGGGUCUUACGUCACUUCCGCUCUUUCUCGGCCGCCAUUUUGGCUAGGGCAGGUUCGGGGACUCGCUCCGAAGCGCUUGUAUUGUCUGCUGAGGGGAGACGCGGGACUAGCCCCCUCCCCCGCCCGCCGCAGCCGCCACCACCACCGGCCCGGUCUACCCGCCGCCGCCGCCGGGACCCAUGAGCUGAGCGCCCGCCCCCCGGCCGCCGCCAUCUUGGCCCCCUCCCCCUCCGCGCCGCGCUCGGGGGGAUUUGGCGUCUCCUCAGACACAGCUCCCUCUCUCGGUCCCCGCCGCCGAGGAGCCGCGCGGCUGUCGCCGCCCGCCCGCGACGGUGAAGCCGCGGCCCCACGCCCUCCGCCGCCCUCCGCCCCUCCUUUGUCUGCACUGCCCGCGCCGCCGCCCGCCGCUCUGCUGCGCCCGCCGCGCCCCCCGGCAGCAGCCGCGGCCGCGGCUCGAGCCGGAGCCCGCGCGCGACGAGGCCCCGGGCGCGUCCUCGCCGCCAUCGCCGUGCCGCCGCCCGCCCGCCGCCGGGCCCCGGAGCACGCCGGCCCCGCGCACGCCUCGAGGCCGAGCCAAGAAACUAUGUUCCAACUUCCUGUCAACAAUCUUGGCAGUUUAAGAAAAGCCCGGAAAACUGUGAAAAAAAUACUUAGUGACAUUGGGUUGGAAUACUGUAAAGAACAUAUAGAAGAUUUUAAACAGUUUGAACCUAAUGACUUUUAUUUGAAAAACACUACAUGGGAGGAUGUAGGACUGUGGGACCCUUCACUUACAAAAAAUCAGGACUAUCGGACAAAACCUUUUUGCUGCAGUGCUUGUCCGUUUUCCUCAAAAUUCUUCUCUGCCUACAAAAGUCAUUUCCGGAAUGUUCAUAGUGAAGACUUUGAAAAUAGGAUUCUCCUUAAUUGCCCUUACUGUACCUUCAAUGCAGAUAAAAAGACUUUGGAAACACACAUUAAAAUAUUUCAUGCUCCAAACUCCAGCGCACCGAGUAGCAGCCUCAGCACUUUCAAAGAUAAAAACAAAAACGAUGGCCUUAAACCCAAGCAGGCUGACAGUGUAGAGCAAGCCGUGUAUUACUGCAAGAAGUGCACUUACCGAGACCCUCUAUAUGAGAUUGUCAGGAAGCACAUCUACAGGGAACAUUUUCAGCAUGUAGCAGCACCGUACAUAGCAAAGGCAGGAGAAAAAUCACUCAAUGGUGCUGUCCCCCUGGGUGCAAAUGCCCGAGAAGAGUGUAACAUCCACUGCAAGCGAUGCCUUUUCAUGCCCAAGUCCUAUGAAGCUUUGGUACAGCAUGUCAUUGAGGACCAUGAACGGAUAGGCUAUCAGGUCACUGCCAUGAUUGGGCACACAAAUGUUGUAGUUCCCCGGGCCAAACCCUUGAUGCUGAUUGCUCCCAAACCUCAAGAGAAAAAGGGCAUGGGACUGCCACCAAGAAUCAGUUCCCUUGCUUCUGGAAAUGUCCGGUCUUUGCCAUCACAGCAGAUGGUGAAUCGAUUGUCAAUACCAAAGCCUAACUUAAACUCAGCAGGAGUCAAUAUGAUGUCCAAUGUUCACUUGCAGCAAAACAACUAUGGAGUCAAAUCUGUAGGCCAGAGCUAUGGUGUUGGCCAGUCAGUGAGACUGGGUCUAGGUGGCAAUGCUCCAGUUUCCAUCCCUCAGCAGUCUCAGUCUGUCAAACAGCUACUUCCAAGUGGAAAUGGGAGGUCGUAUGGGCUUGGUGCUGAGCAGAGGCCCCCAGCAGCGGCCAGGUAUUCCUUGCAGACUGCCAGUACCACAUCUCUACCCCCAGGCCAGGUGAAGUCUCCCUCUGUGUCUCAGUCACAGGCUUCUAGAGUAUUAGGUCAAUCCGGUUCUAAACCUCCACCAGCAGCCACAGGCCCUCCUCCAAGCAACCAUUGUGCUACUCAGAAGUGGAAAAUAUGUACAAUCUGUAACGAGCUUUUCCCUGAGAAUGUAUAUAGUGUUCACUUUGAAAAGGAGCAUAAAGCUGAGAAAGUCCCAGCAGUAGCUAACUACAUUAUGAAAAUACACAAUUUUACUAGCAAAUGCCUCUACUGUAAUCGCUAUUUGCCCACAGAUACCCUGCUCAACCAUAUGUUAAUUCAUGGUCUGUCUUGUCCAUAUUGCCGCUCAACCUUCAAUGAUGUAGAAAAGAUGGCAGCACACAUGCGAAUGGUUCACAUUGAUGAAGAGAUGGGACCUAAAACCGAUUCUACUUUGAGCUUUGAUUUGACAUUGCAACAGGGGAGUCACACCAACAUCCAUCUUCUGGUGACCACAUACAACCUGAGGGAUGCCCCAGCCGAAUCAGUUGCUUACCAUGCCCAAAAUAAUGCCCCAGUUCCUCCAAAGCCACAGCCAAAAGUUCAGGAAAAAGCAGACGUCCCUGUUAAAAGUUCACCUCAAGCUGCAGUGCCCUAUAAAAAAGAUGUUGGGAAAACCCUUUGCCCUCUUUGCUUUUCAAUCCUAAAAGGACCCAUAUCUGAUGCACUUGCACAUCAUUUACGAGAAAGACACCAAGUUAUUCAGACAGUUCAUCCAGUUGAGAAAAAGCUAACCUACAAAUGUAUCCAUUGCCUUGGUGUGUAUACUAGCAACAUGACAGCCUCAACCAUCACCCUGCAUCUAGUCCACUGCAGGGGUGUUGGAAAAACCCAGAAUGGCCAGGACAAAACAAACGCACCUUCUCGGCUCAAUCAGUCUCCAGGCCUGGCUCCUGUGAAGCGCACCUAUGAACAGGUGGAGUUUCCUCUGCUAAAAAAGCGAAAGCUGGAGGAUGACAGUGAUUCUCCCAGCUGCUUUGAAGAGAAGCCUGAAGAGCCUGUUGUUUUAGCUUUAGACCCCAAGGGUCAUGAAGAUGAUUCUUACGAAGCUAGGAAAAGCUUCCUCACAAAAUACUUCAACAAACAGCCCUAUCCCACCAGGAGAGAAAUUGAGAAGUUAGCUGCCAGUCUGUGGCUGUGGAAGAGUGACAUUGCUUCCCAUUUCAGUAACAAGAGAAAGAAGUGUGUUCGUGACUGUGAGAAGUACAAGCCCGGUGUGUUGCUAGGCUUUAACAUGAAAGAAUUAAAUAAAGUCAAACACGAGAUGGACUUUGAUGCUGAGUGGCUGUUUGAAAAUCAUGACGAGAAGGACUCAAGAGUCAAUGCUAGUAAGACUGCUGACAAAAAGCUUAGCCUUGGGAAGGAAGACGACAGCUUCUCAGAUAGUUUUGAGCAUUUAGAAGAAGAAUCCAAUGGAAGCCACAGCCCUUUUGACCCUGUCUUUGAAGUUGAGCCUAAAAUUCCUAGUGAUAAUCCAGAGGAGCAUGUACCGAAGGUCAUUCCUGAGGAUGCUUUGGAAUCUGAGAAGCUAGACCAAAAAGAGGAGGAGGAUGGUUCAAAAUAUGAAACUAUCCAUUUGACUGAGGAGCCAACCAAACUAAUGCAUGAUGCCUCUGACAGUGAGGUAGACCAAGAUGAUGUAGUUGAGUGGAAAGAUGGUGCUUCACCAUCUGAGAGUGGGCCUGGUUCCCAACAGAUCUCUGACUUUGAGGAUAAUACAUGUGAGAUGAAACCAGGAACCUGGUCUGAUGAGUCUUCCCAGAGUGAAGAUGCAAGGAGCAGUAAGCCAGCUGCCAAAAAAAAGGCUACGGUGCAAGAUGACACAGAACAGUUAAAAUGGAAGAAUAGUUCCUAUGGAAAAGUUGAAGGGUUUUGGUCCAAGGACCAGUCACAGUGGGAAAAUGCAUCUGAGAAUGCAGAGCGCUUACCAAACCCACAGAUUGAGUGGCAGAAUAGCACAAUUGACAGUGAGGAUGGGGAGCAGUUUGACAGCAUGACUGACGGAGUUGCUGAUCCCAUGCAUGGCAGCUUAACUGGAGUAAAACUGAGCAGCCAGCAAGCCUGAGGGGCCUGGCACACCCCAGCACAUGGGCCAUGUUGCAUCUUGGACCUCUGUUCUGAUUGCAGAUUUGUCUUUUAACUGGCACUGCCUUGCAAGGACUGGUCAGUCAGGCUGUUGGGGACAUGUGACCACUACAGUCCCAGUGGUUAUUUCUAUGUCUAUGACAUGUGAUUGGUUGAUCUUGCUUCAGACCCUUCUCUGGUAGAUUCAGUAAUGAAGUGUGAAAAACCAAUAAGCUGGCGGCUCAUGAAUGCUCACAGGGAAAAGCAGUUCAUUGUUUGCUUUUCCAGCAUUUCUUUCCCUUGGUAAGAUGUUUGGUUGGAUGUCCUGGGAAAGCCUUACCCUGAUCACAUAGUAGUGCAGGGCGGGCAUACAUGCUACCAGUCCAGUGUGUCUAGUAGGAACAUGGACCUUUUUUCAUGUAUUCAUUCUGAAUAGUUGAAAUGUAUAUUUGUACAGUCUUUUAGACCUCAAGUGAUGCUUAUGACACUGUUACUGUGUGCCCGUCAUAGAUUGGUUUUUAGUGUUGCCCUUGCUGUGUGAUAAAUGCUAUAUCUAGUUUACCUAGCAGAAGCUUGACCCUGCGAUAGUAUGGACCUUUGGACAGACAUAGUUUUUGCACAUAACCUUGUACAAUCUUGCAACAGAGGCCAGCCACAUAAGAUAUAUAUCUGGACUCUCCUGUAUUAUAGGAUUUUUUUUUUUCUUGUUCUGAGUAUCCUUGACAUUACAGUUGUCAAAACUGAUAUUUCAGAUCUCUUUCUGAGACCUUUUAAGCUAAAAUAACAUGCAAGAAUUGAUUUUAGAGCUACUAAUUUUGACACCUUUUAGAUCUGUAAGAGUGUUGUGUCAGAGCUGCAAGCACGGUUGAGUGCUACAUUUGGGAUAUUUAGUUUCCUCUUUAGUUGAGCACCGCUGGGUGUAUUCAUUUAUACCAUCUAAUAUAUGACACACUGUUGUAGUAUGUAUGAUUUUGUGGUCUUUAUUUCCCUUUGUAUUCAUUUUAAGCAUCUAAAUAAAUUGCUGUAUUGUGCUUAAUGUAAAUAUUUGCUUUUAUUACACAAGACAGCCCUGUGUGUCCAUUACAUCUUACGCUGUUUGAUGCCCCAGCACCCUGAGCAGAGAUGGAAGCCACGCUUACAAAGAAAACUUGUGGGAAACCACGAUCUGUCAUUUGCCUAAAGCAUGCUCUCUCUCCAGGUACCAGCUACAAAUUGUUUUCAUGCGUGUGUAUGUUUCCUUUUGCUGCAAAAGUAAACAUCCUUGAGGUUUUCUGUUCCCCUUUGAUAAGGAGCAAAAACUUGGGUCUAUGUAGAUGUCGAUGGUGACAGAUAUAAAUAUGUUGGCCUCUGGUGGUCUUUCUUCCGUGCAUACCAUUCAUUUCCGCCUUAUGGCAACAGUUGUACCAAACAGAUAACUGCUUUGCCUUUGGGGUCCUUUGGCCAUUUUUGCCCUGAAAAGAAAGACCGGAGAGCACACAUUUGGGGGCACUGGCACUGAAGGAGCUGGUAGAUUUACUGUGCAGGGAAUUCCAAGAACAGGCUAAAUUCAGAAUGCAGUAAGGAGGCAGAAGUGGCCUAGCAUUUAGGGUAGAACUUUUCUCCAUACUGGGGUAGGUCAGCCAUCUCUCAGCAACAUUGCCUUAGAGAACUCAGGCUACCUUCCAGGACUCCUGAACCUCUUUCCAAGAAAGCCUUUUAGUAGAGGAAAUGUACAAUUCUAGCACGAGCUUUCUGAAAUCAGUCUUGCCAGGAUACAUUAUGAAUGUAUACAACAACUAUGGUUCAGGGAGUAUUAUCUUCAUCACUACAUGCUACAGACACCCAAUCAGAAACACCAGCUGGUAUUUAAGCCACCUCCCACUUGUGGAAAUUUAGCCUAAAAUGUGCAAGGAACACUAAUGAGAUGGUUGCAGGGAGCAUGGAAGUGAGGUUGGGCUUGUCCUGUCUGGACAUCAUAGCUGAGUUCUGGUGCUGCCUUGCCAAGUGGAUGGAUGGGUGUGAGACCUCCAGCACCAAAAAGGGUUUAGCCACCGCAAUGGGAAUGGGUUCCCAGAUGGAAAUGGUGCCGAAGCUCUGAAUGUGUCUCAAUAAAAGCCAUUUUGAAAGAACCCCAUCACUCCUGUUUGCUUUCGAUGGAAUCUGACAGUCACUCACCUUCACCACACAGGCUGCCACUUUGCACUUUAGAAACCGCCUGGAACUCUAAGCUUAAAGAUUCUAAAGAUUUUUCUAAGAAAUUUUAGUCCCAGAGGUCCUUGCCUUUUUGUGCAUGUAAUUUUGUGACUGUAAGUAUUAGUUCACAGUUGCAGGAGACCGCUGUUUCUUUCCCUCUCUGCAUCUCCCGUCAGUUCGUCCCAACUGUUAAUCUGAAAUACAAGUAGAAAGGGUCAGGGUCACUUGCCUAAGUAGGCAUGGUGAGAGUCAAGUAUUUAAAGAUGGGGAAUUCACCAGCUGAACCAUUUGAAGAAUUGAGUAUUCUGGCUACUCAUCAAGUGAUCACUCUCACAAGUCCUUCCUCUGCUUCUACCUCACUGCCAAAAUGGGGCCCAAAAAUCUCCAAGUGGCUCUCUGCCCUUAGUGUGAGAUGAUGAAAAAUCUCUUCUUAAUGUUGACUGAACUUCACAGAGGAUCAUAUUGAGCGGUGUUUGGUUCCAUCCAUUGUGACUUUCUAACCUGCUGUUCAGAGCUAGUACCACCUGGAAGCCUGGUUCAAUACAAAGUGUGAAAGAUCUGGAAAACCCCAAAGAUUGGACAUAAUGGGUGAGACAACAUUCCAGCAUGGCAGCUAGCAGUUGGCCCUGCAUCUAACAGCAUCUCUCCACAACUGCAGGGAAACUGGCUUGUUACCCAGUUCUAUCCUCAAGAUUUGCUACUAAGCCUCUGACUACUUGACUCAAGUUUACUGUAGUAUGGUUUCAGGGCUCUGUUGGGAAUGACCGGAGGUAAAGGUGGUCAGAGUACUCCCCCUGGGAAUCCUCAGGUUGCACUUUCAAAGUUCUUCAAGCAAAAACAGAAAAAGACACCAUCACCAUUCGGAUAUUGCCUUCAUACGACCUUCCCCCCUCUCCAGUGCAACAUCCAGACCUUCAGGUGUGAGACCAUUUAUACAAGUUUACAGUUUACGAUCUUGUGUACCCUUAGGUCUUAGGAGGGAAAAAAAUGUAUGCCCCAGUAGACUGGUUUCCUUUUGGGAGCUAAUAAAGUAGCUGGAAAUAAAAGGACAUUUCCAGUGUUCUGGCUGCUAAGCCCAGUGUGACAGCUGUGUCCUUGGGGCAGUCUCCAAGAUGUGCCUGCUGUUCUGGCUGCACAUCCAGCUGCAGGCUGGCACCCCUUGUCAGUUUCUGGAGAAGGUCCACCCUGACUGCCUCCAGUAGUGAGCAGGGGUGGGGUGGAGUCCUAAAAGCUGGAAGUCUGGGGAGCACCCCCCCCCCCAAAAGGCUAUCCCACUCUGCUCCUCUUGACAAAAAGAGAAUAAUACUCCUUGGAGGGGAGUCCAGGCCAGGGCCUGAUGGCAAGGUUCAGACAAGGGAAAACAACCCACAAAUCCCCAAGGCUCCUGAUCUCAGCCACACCCUGCAGCCUUGGGUUUGCCUGAAGAUCUGUUGACUUAGAAAGGUUUCCCUGGCUGGGACUGGAAAGGUGUGUCUAAAUCCUCUGACUGAACUUCCUGCCUCCUGUUUGAAACCACACCCCUUUUCUGGUUUGGGGACAAGGACUAAACCCUAGGGUUCAGUCAUGGAAGACAAGCUCCUCAGUUGUCCCUAAUAUCCACGCCUUUUUUAGGAAAGAGACAAGGUCUUAACACUGCAUCCUGGCCUUUACCUUGCUUUGUAACUGAAGAUGAUAUUCAACUUCUGAUCCUUUGCCUGCACUUCCCAAAUGCUAGAUGACAAACAUGCACCAACCACCAUACAGAUUUGUGUGAUUCUGGAGAUGGAACCCAGCAUUUCUGCAUGCUAGGCAAGUACUAUGCUUGUGCCAUCUCCCCAGCGUGUACUGCCUCUGAGCACAGAGAAGGUAGAGGUAGGUCUCUUAAGUUGAAGCCCAAGGAUACCCAGACUUCAUCUCAUUUGAGGGGAAAAAAAUGGUAUAAAGGAAAAUCAAAGUAGGGUCUAGGGCUUAUAGUCCCAUUUGAAGUUUUUCUCCUUGAUUCUACUUAGCAGUUGAACUCUGGUGUGGUAGGUGGCACUAGAGACGAAUUGCAAGGUGAAGGGCUCUAAUGCUCCAGCCCUUUUCCUAUUAAGUUGGCUUCCUUAGCAGUGGUGACUCAGGUUACCUCAUUGACAUACUUGAGGUCAGAGGAUGACCGGUGUCAGUUCUUUUCCUGGACUCCAGGGAUCAAACUCAGGUCACUAGGCUUACUCAGCAAGUGCCUUUACCCACAGCCAUCUUUCUGACCCCUAGAUCUCUGAGAUACCCAGGACCCUCCCUACCGGGAACUAGCUCAGCUCAUGCUCAAGGAGACAGCAGUUGACUGUCAGGGGGACUGCCAUCAACAACAGCUCAGGGUCUUAAGUGCCCUGCCUUCAUUCUAGGCAGAUACCUGUUUGUUAGGUGCAUCUCCAGCACUAUCCUAAGAAGGGGCAAGUAUUGAACAAAAUAUCUGAAUUGACUCAUUGCCUGGUGGAAUGAGUUAGUCUAGAAGCCAAGAGCCACUAGCACUAAACACAGUGGACAGAACAUCAUGACUGCCAUUUGUUAGGUCCCUACCCUGGGGCUGAGGUGGAAUCUAUCGAUAUAAAUCAGAAACAAGUUUGAGCCAGCUCCAUGUGAGCAUCAAAGAUAUAAGAGAUGAUGGGGAUGCUAUACUCUAUAGUCUUCCAUCUUCUGUAGUCCCUUGCCAGCUGGAAGUAGGUCUCCUGAGCAGCACAUGCUCAGGGGGCACAUCCUUAUGGCUGCUCUGGGUCCCUCCACACUGUGUUGGCGUGCAACAAGUGCCAGGACAGACAGGUCCCAGCCAGAGUGCCAACAGCUAGAAUUGGAGAGUGCGUGUAUGCAGAUUCCACACCAGAGACUGCCCAAGUGUCUCUUCACCGGUUUUCUUGGAGUAAGCACCUUAGUGGUAAGGAUGCCAAAUCCUGCACCCACUGGGGCCAGGCAGGUGCAGGAAGACUGAAGGAUCUGGACAGUUGUCCUUCCAAACCCACAUAGGGCUUUAGAGAUGGCUCAGCACUGUAAAAGUGCUUGCUGCUCUUCCAGAGGACCAGAGUUCAAUUCCCAGCACCCACAUAUGCAUGCUUAAUAACUGCCACGUACCUGGUUUGUAGAUACUCUGUUUCUUAAUAUGAAGGUGCCCCCUGUGCAGGUGCCCACAGAAAUCAAGUCACUAGAGUCUCAGAUAUCCUGGAGCUGGAGUUAGAGGUAGUUGUGAGUUGCCCCGUGUGGGUGCUGGGAAGGGACCCUUGUCCUCUGGAAGAACAAGCAUUCAGCUGCUGAGCCAUCUCCCCAGCCCUGUAGAUACCCAUGUUAUAUGGGCUAUCCUGGUGGGGCUGAGGGUUGUUGGCAGAUUCUUUUGUUUUUUUUUUUUUAGACGUGGGAUGUGGUUUAUCUGUGUUGCCCUGGCUGUCCUGGAACUCCCUCUAUAGAGCAGGCUGACUUUGUACUGACAGAGAUCUGCCCGCCUCUGCCUCCCAAGUGCUAAGAUUAAAGACUUGUUCCACCACUGAUCUGCAGGCAGAUAUCUUUGAAUAGGAACUUUUGAUUAGGUGAGUGAAAUUAGUUUUUGAAUAGGAAAACACAGCAAAAUAUCAAAAAGGGAAGGAGAAAGUAAUGAAAAGAACUCCACAGAACAGAACUACUGAGUUUUAUCCUGAGAGCAUCUCUUUCCUAUGCUUGCUCAGUUUGCCUAUAUAUUGCCUUUUCAUAUCUUGGAAAUAUUUUUGUGUCAGCCCAUAAGGAACUCCUGAUCUAUCUUCUCCACUCUGUAGCACCCAACCCUGUGGACCAGGACAGAAACAUUCCCCUUGGGGAACACUUGGGAUGUGGCUCAGUCGGUAGGGCACUUUCUAGGAAUGCAGGAAGCUCUGUUUCAUCCCCAGCACCAAGUGAACUGGAUAUCAUCCUGGCAGUCAAGAGGAGGAAGAAGGGUGAGAUAUCCCAAGGCCAUUCUUUGCUAUAUAGUAAGUCUGAGGCCAACCAGGCCUACAUGAAGCUGUCUCAGAAAAAAACAUUUGGGUUCUGUCUUGCUUUUGCUAUUUAAUGCACAGUGGAUAAUCUUUUUAUUAUGAUGCUUGAAUUUUAAAGAUAAAUCCAGAGCCUUGAACAGAACAGACUAGUCAAGUGCUCUUCCACUACCUUUGGCUUUACUGAGACAGUUGCACUGUGUAGCCCAGGCUGUCUUUUGUUCCUGUUUUAAGGUCUUACUGUGCAGCCAGGUCUGGCCUGGAGUUCACUAUGUAGCUGGCUUUAAAAUCAAAAUCUUCCUGCCUCCGCCCCUCAAGUAGCUGGGAUCAGGUAGGAGUAACCAUGCUCAACUGGCAUUUCUUUGUAACGUCUGUGAGCUGGGUUCCUAGAGGUGGAAUUCCACACAGUCCUCAUUCUGACAGAUACUGCCAGUUGUCCACAAGAAUGGUGUCCAUCCGGGUGGUAGUGUUACACGCCUUUAAUCCCAACACUCAGCACAGAGGAAGGCUGCUCGCUAUGAGUUCAAGGACAGCCUGGUCUACAAGAGCUAGUUCCAAGACAGCUAGGACUGUUACACAGAGGAACCCUGUCUUGAAAAAUCAAAUAAAUAAAUAAAUAAAUAAAUGGUGUCCAUCUUCAGGGAACAGGAUGUGACUGACCAAAAUUCAUCAGCAAGGCCAUCAGGCAAUUUAAUCAUCUCAACCUAAAAGCUAUUGACAGAAGUUAGAGGCAAAUGCCCAACCACUGAGCUUUCCUGGUCCAUCAGUGAUUUCAAGCAGGCAGGCAGAUCUCUGAGUUCAAGUCAGUCAGGACUACAUGAGUUCCAGGCCAGCUAGAGCUACAUAGUGAAACCCAACCUAAAAAAAAAUUUUUUUUCAGAAAACUAGGACGACUAAGAGGAUGGCUCCAUGGGUAGAGUGAGAACAUCAUAAACCUAGGGCUCCUAAGUGAGAGGGGAAGUGGAAGCCGGAGAAUCCAGUUCAUGGCCCACAUACCCUAGCAAACGGCAGCAAUGAAAGCCCCUGUUUUAGACAAGGCAGAAGGUGAGGGCUCACACCCAGGGUUUGUCCUCCAACCACCACACAUGCUCCAUGGCACGUGUACACCCACACACCGAGGAAUAAAGGAUCAAAACGGAGAGGCUUCUUAGAGUCACUAUGGUCAAGUCCCUUAAUUAGUGUCUGUACUUCUGUGGAAUGCCUGCUUAGAUCCUUUGUCCAUUUUUCUAAUUUUUUAUGUAAAAUGCUGUUUACAUAUUCAGUUAAACCUUUCUAACAUUAGUGUUGAAUAUGAUUAACAUUUUGUUGGGGUCAGAGAGAUGACUCAAGCAGGUAACAGUGUUUGCCACCAGUCCUGACCAUCUAAGUUCGCUCUCCAGAGCCUCUGUGGUAGGAGAGUAUUGACACACACGUGCUCCUCUUCGCUUUCUACUCAAGCUAUGGCACACAUGCACACACAAUAUAAUAGUAAAUGAAAGUUAAAGGUUUAUUUUUUAAAACUAUGUCAAGUGUGAUGUGUAGCAGUUUCUUCCCAGAUUGGACCAUUUUGUGCAGUAGACAAACGGCUCAAUAGCUUUAGGAAGUACCUGAAACUGACCAGAUUCAGUAGGCGGUCCCUCCCAGAAGCAAGCAAUAAAGACUGCUGAGAGUCAUUCUCCGACCAGCCAAGCUACAGUGAAAAUUCUUGAGACCAGCCCACCUACCUGAAAGGAUGAUCAGACCAACUGAGGCACCUGGAAAGGACACUCUGCAACUUGUGGCACUGCCUGUGGGCUGUGCAGUGUGCUCCAGGUUCCCCUCAUCAUGAGCUGUCACCUGUGCUGGGGUGGACCUUGGUGAUGUGGCUGUCUGUGUCAUUUCUGCUCCUGUAAGUAACCCUAUUACCCCCAAUAAAAGUCAUUGGUUCAACAAUCAGGCAUUGGUGGAACUGUUCCUUUGGUCUGUGGAGGGCUCCCUUUCUGGGGUGAGUAGAUGUGUAUUGGGUCUCCCCAGGAAAAGUCUGUACAACACAGCAUUGGAACAGCUGGGAGCUACAGGACAUGGGUGCUGGGAAUCAAACUAAGGUCUCUGUAAGAGCAGUGGCAAGUGGAAACACCUAACUGCUAAACCAUCUCUCCUCCCAAUAACCUUUCGUUUAUUUAUUUA